GUUGCUCCCACGUGACUGUGGCGAGCGAGGCGUUGCCAGGGGGAAGUGACGUCACGGCGCUACGUUCGCGUUCACCACAGGAGAUACGAGGCCUGUGACAAGCUUCUUGCGACGGUGGUCCGUUCUUAAAAUCCACCUCCAUCUUCCUUAUCCUUAGGGAAAAUGGUGACCAAACCGACAGGAGCAUAAUCUACAGACUCUAAGCUUUCGCCUGAUCACAAUAUUGUGACAUGUCGGACUUUUAUAUAUUAGAAAAGGAAUGGUGAAAAGUGAACUCCGUCGGAAGAAUCCGAAUUCUCCUCAGGGAUUCGGGGGGGUUGGGGUCGCGUAAAGAUAUAUAGGAUCGUAGCAGUUAAAUAACGCGUACAAAUAUUAGCGUAAACCCAAAUUUAAAGGCCGACAGAAUCUGGUUUAAUAUAAAUUAGCUGAAUACAAUCGAGUGACUCGUUCGAGAGAAACCAAUAAACACAGCGAUGGAGCUACGAGUUGGAAACCGAUACAGACUGGGUAGAAAAAUUGGAAGUGGAUCAUUUGGAGACAUUUAUCUGGGCACAGACAUUUCAGUUGGAGAGGAAGUGGCCAUCAAACUGGAAUGUGUGAAGACAAAGCACCCACAGCUCCACAUCGAGAGCAAGAUUUACAAGAUGAUGCAGGGUGGAGUUGGCAUUCCUACUAUAAAGUGGUGUGGUGCAGAAGGAGAUUAUAACGUGAUGGUGAUGGAGUUGCUCGGCCCCAGUCUGGAGGAUCUCUUCAAUUUCUGCUCCAGGAAGUUCAGCCUGAAGACUGUCCUGCUUUUGGCUGAUCAGAUGAUUAGCCGCAUCGAGUACAUCCACUCCAAGAACUUCAUUCACAGAGACGUGAAGCCUGAUAACUUUCUGAUGGGCUUGGGAAAGAAAGGCAACCUGGUCUACAUCAUUGACUUUGGCCUGGCCAAGAAAUACCGUGAUGCACGAACACACCAGCACAUACCCUAUCGCGAGAAUAAGAACCUGACGGGCACUGCGCGUUACGCAUCUAUCAACACACAUCUUGGCAUUGAGCAGUCUCGGCGGGAUGACCUGGAGUCUCUCGGUUAUGUACUGAUGUACUUCAACUUGGGCUCGCUCCCUUGGCAGGGGCUGAAAGCCGCCACCAAGAGACAGAAGUAUGAGCGUAUCAGUGAAAAGAAGAUGUCCACCCCCAUUGAAGUUCUCUGCAAGGGCUACCCAUCUGAAUUUGCUACGUACCUCAACUUUUGCCGAUCACUGCGAUUUGAUGACAAGCCAGACUACUCCUACUUGAGACAACUCUUCAGGAAUCUGUUCCACAGACAGGGCUUCUCCUAUGACUACGUGUUUGAUUGGAACAUGCUCAAAUUUGGCGCCAACCGUACAGCAGAGGAGGCAGAACGUGAGAGGAGAGAGCGAGAUGAGCGGAUGAGGCACAGCAGGAAUCCUGCAGCUCGUGGGAUCCCAGCAGCCUCAGGCAGACCCCGCCCCACACAGGACGGAGCUCCUCCCACCCCCCUCACACCCACCUCUCACACAGCGAACACAUCCUCACCGAGACCGGUCACUGGCAUGGAGCGCGAACGUAAGGUCAGCAUGCGGCUUCAUCGUGGCGCCCCAGUGAACGUGUCGUCCUCGGACCUGACGGGGCGUCAAGACACUUCCCGCAUGUCCACAUCACAGAAUAGCAUUCCCUUCGAACACCACGGCAAGUAGUUGAUCGUCACAUCCUUGUGUGAAGGCAGAUGCACCAGAUUGUCUCCAUGUCCCAGAAGCCUCCACUUUGCAAUAUGGAGCAGGAUGGGCAACCUAACUACACAUGGCUGAUUGACAGCUCUCCACCAUCAGCUAAUAGAUCGGGCAUCAGUGUCUCUCUUCUAUUGUCCAAACCAAAAUGGUGUAGAACCAACCUGACCUCUUUGCUUACAGGCUCACUCUCCUCUUCUUCUCUCUCAUGUUCUCAUAUUUUCUCUCCUACACUUUUUAAAUGUUCUCGUGGACAUGAGAGCUACAGCCUGGUGCGAAUUCACACCAUUUGGUUGACCAAUCAGAGACCGGAUCAGCCAGCCACACCAUUGUCAGCUCCUGCGUCCUUCCUUCACAGUUCCACUCUUACACAUUCAGUGCUGCACAACUUUCUCUGGUUCAGGCUCCUCGUGAUUGAGGCUAAUGUAUCGUCUGUGUGGUUUAAAUGGGUCUUUUUGUUUCUGUGUACUGAAAUUUCUUUUGUAUUUUAACCUGGGCAACAGAUGAGUCCGUCUGGUGGCCUUAUGGGUUCACUUUAAAAUUUUCUAUUUACUCAGUGUAUUUAUUUUUUAAUAUACAUUUUAAUAGCCCUCUGUAGCUGGUGAGGUUCCUUUCCCGCAGUGAAGCUGGUGGUAUAGAGUGGACGGACCACAAAGGGGCCAGAAUCCCAGCAUACAUCACUCAUGGCAAACUGACUCCACAGUGUGGUUUUCACUCAUACAUGUCCUCACAGCGGGACCCUGUGAACUUCACCUGUUUGUCUGCUAUAUUGAUCUCUUUAACUGUACAAUACUGCCUCCCUCAUUAUUGUGUCUUCUGUUUCUAAGCUGUGAAAUAACUGUAAAAUAAUCGUGUAAAUGUUUCCAUGCGAUUCUUCAGAAAGACUAUGAAAUGACCGCAGAUGGUUUGAGUCUGAAAGUUAUCACCAGUUAUUUUUAUCAACUCUUUCAUGAAACCACAACAAUGAAGUGCCAGACUUUGGGGGUUUCAUGCAUUCUGAGCAUGAACUUUGACUCUUGAGGAUGUUGUUUUGACUCAUGAAUGGAGAUCAUGCUUGGAAAUGCUUUGUCUCUUUUGAAAAGGUUGGUUAUAGUUUGCUGCAAUUUUUUUUUUCUGAUGGUUCAGAUGGUGUUUUGGAAGUGAAAAAUCAUUUGUUAAGAGAUAUUGCUCGUGUCUGCAAAGGUUGAAAGAAUGAAAACUAAUCAAAGUCUUGCUCUAAUGUUUAGUGAUUUUUCCCCUUUUACGAAAUAUUCCGGCACUGAUGUGGCUUUUCUAAUGCAUCUUGAAAGCUGGUCUGGUCAUCUUGUUCCCCUGUCAUCUGUAAGGGGACAUUGGCGACUUCCUGGGUGAAAUUUUUCAUCUAAUUCUCCCCUAUUUUGAAGCCCAUGGCUAUUUUGGGCUCCACAUACUUUUGUGGAAGUCAUGCCAAUUUGUCAGUCCUGUAAGAAUUUGUAUUACCACCAUAUUUGUGUAUUUUAAACAGUGUAAAUAAAUGAAGUACUUGUA